ACAGAGCAAGUACGCAUUGACCUGAGAAUUUCUGGUGGAUGACUUUGAAAGGGAUCAGCGGAAACUGAGGAUAGAUGGGAAAGCACCAGAAGCAUUCACAAAGGAAACGGACCAUGUUCACUGAGAAACAACUGGCCGAUUUGGAAUCUUUGUUCAGCAAGAACCCAUACCCCGCUCCCAGCCUUCAGAAAGAAAUGGCUUCGAAACUGGAGAUCCAUCCCACCGUACUGCAGGUGUGGUUCAAGAACCACAGAGCAAAACUCAAGAAAGCCAAACAGCAAUUAGCUGGAGCAGAAGUCAAGACCAGCUCUUCCGAGGGACCCAUGGAUGCCCCUCCAGGAUCCCCCCAUGGUGCCCACCAAGCCUCCCUGGUUUAUACAGACCACCCAACACCUUCCUUCCAACUCAGCAUAUGCUCCAGUCUGAAGGUUCUCCCAGACCAUUCUGUUGGCCACAAAAUCGUCCACUUUGGCUGUUGCCGAGACCCUAACGUCUACUCCCUUCGUCCCAUUAUGGAAUCUCAAAUUCUUCCCACAAGCUUCACUGCUUAUUCUCUUGGUUCUUCAUCUCCACAAAGAACUUAAUGAGCAAAGCCAGAUGCAAAAGGUCACAUACCAUAAUGAUUCACGACGAUUCCCGGACGAGAGAUCUGAGAUCCAUGCAACAUGGAUGCAUUCCAGAAACAUGCUCCGUGAAACAAAAGAAAGACACACAAGCGCCCGUUGGGUAGAACUGAGUGGAGCGAGGCACUCAACAAACUUACAGCGACGGGAAUGUUUUGUGGUAUAAUUAGGAUGACAGGAACCUGCACUAAAUUCACCCAAAGACACAGAAUGGCAAUACUGUAUUACAUACACCACAAAAAGCAAUCAUGGGGCAGGAUGAAGGCGCCAGCCAUGGAGGUAAUCAUUUUGCAAUCUAUAAAUGUA